GAGGUCAAGGCGGAGGAGGCCGAGAGCGGGGACGAGGAGACCCCGAGCACGGAGGAGAUGGAGCAGUUUGCCAAGGAGCUGAAGCACAAGCGGAUCACGCUGGGGUUCACGCAGGCCGACGUGGGGCUGGCCCUGGGCGUGCUGUACGGGAAGAUGUUCAGCCAGACGACCAUCUGCCGCUUCGAGGCCCUGCAGCUCAGCUUCAAGAACAUGUGCAAACUGAAACCGCUGCUGCAGCGCUGGCUGGACGAGGCCGACGGCAACGCCAACCUGCAGGAGAUGUGCAGCAUGGAGAGCGCCCUGCUCCAGGCCCGCAAGCGGAAGCGAACCAGCAUCGAGACGGCGGCGCGGGGCUCCCUGGAGAGCUACUUCCUGCGCUGCCCGAAGCCCAGCCUGCAGGAGAUCGCCCACAUCGCCCACGACCUGCGCCUCGACAAGGACGUGGUCCGUGUCUGGUUCUGCAACCGCCGGCAGAAGGGGAAGCGCAGCGGGGGCUGCUCCGUCCGCGACGACUGCGAGGGGGGGGCCCUGCCCUUCGCUCCCCCUGCCCAGCUGCCAGGGCCCCCCAUGGGGCACCACCCCCCACCCCCCCAGGGCUACAACGCCGCCACCUUCGCCACCCUGUACGUGCCCCAGUUCCACCACGGGGGGGAGGCCUUCGACCCCACUCCCCCAGGCCCCCCCCUCAUGGGCCACCCCAUGCACUCCACCUGAAUGACUGGGGGGGUGGGGGUGGGGCAGGCAGACCUGGCCGGGGGCAGACACUGACAGGCCUGUGGGAGGGUGGAGAAUUGUAACUGGAAACACUCCCCCUUAACUUUAUGGCAAAGGAUUAUGGGUAAAUUUCCCAGGAGGGGGAUGAUUUGCACCACCCCUCCCCCUAUUUUUAAUUUUAAGGCAAGGGAUUGUGGGUACAUUUUUAUUUACAGGCAAAUCUCCCCCCUUCCCCCCAGUCUGAAAGGCCUCUGCAUGA